CAAAUGCACGUAUCGAUAAGUGAGUGCAAAGCAACUCUCUAAAUACAGUUCAGUUCGUUUAAAAGAAUGACGCCGCAAAGCAAUAAGCUAAAAAAAGACAAAUUCAAACAAUUCAAACAACAACGAUCAUUUCAGGCUGUACUCAAUUUAUGAAAAAAUCUAGAAAAACAUAAGCAAAAAGUGUAAUUAAUCAGUUGAAAAGAUGCCAGAACCAACGAAUAUUAAAGUGGUAGUGCGCGUGCGUCCCUACAAUCGGCGGGAACAGGAGCAGAAUCAAAGAUGUAUUAUUAAAGUGAUGGACGGAUCUUCCUUGUUGUUUGAUCCCGACGAGGAGGACGAUGAAUUCUUUUUUCAGGGUACCAAACAACAAUACAGAGACAUUACAAAGCGUACAAACAAAAAACUAUCUAUGGAAUAUGAUCGUGUCUACGAUAUAGACCGCACAAACGAGGAUUUGUUUAUGGAAUGUACAGCGCCGCUGGUCGACGCCGUACUUGAUGGGUACAAUUGCUCAGUGUUUGUGUACGGGGCAACAGGAGCGGGCAAAACAUUCACAAUGCUGGGCAGUGAGAAUUGUCCAGGCAUCACCUUUCUGACCAUGCGUGAUCUCUUUGAGAAGAUCCAGAGUCAGCAGGACACACGUAAAUUCGAUGUGGGCGUCAGCUACUUGGAAGUGUAUAACGAGCAGGUGAUGAACCUGCUCACUAAAACCGGUCCGCUAAAGCUGCGCGAGGACUCCAACGGAGUUGUGGUCAGCGGUUUGGUGCUCACGCCCAUCUACAGUGCCGAGGAACUGCUGCGCAUGCUCACGCUGGGCAACUCGAACCGGACACAGCAUCCGACGGACGCCAAUGCGGAAAGUUCGCGUUCCCAUGCCAUUUUCCAGGUGCACAUACGGAUCACGGAUCGCACAACGGGCACCAAACGCAGCGUGAAGCUCUCCAUGAUCGAUUUGGCGGGCAGUGAACGCGCCGCUAGCACCAAGGGACUUGGCAUGCGCUUCAAGGAAGGCGCCAGCAUCAACAAGAGCCUUCUGGCGCUAGGGAAUUGUAUUAACAAGCUGGCCGAUGGCCUCAAACACAUUCCCUACCGUGACUCGAAUCUCACACGCAUCCUUAAGGAUUCCUUGGGCGGCAACUGUCGCACUCUGAUGGUGGCCAAUGUCUCCAUGAGCUCGCUCACCUACGAGGACACCUACAAUACCCUCAAGUAUGCCAGUCGUGCCAAAAAGAUACGCACUGUACUGCGCCAGAAUGUGCUCAAGUCCAAUUUACCCAAGGAAUUCUAUGUGAAGAAGGUCAACGAGGUCAUGGUCGAGCAGGAGCGUCUGCUGGAGCGCAACAAGCUGUUGGAGGCGAAGCUGGCCCAAUUGGAGCGUGCCGGCAACGAGAACAGCUACGAUCAACAGGAGCUGAAGCCAUGGUACAGCAAGAUUGAUGCUGUAUACGCCACUGUGACCAAGCUGCAGCAGUGCGUCAUUGGAAUACGCAGCAAAAUCCAGAGUCUCAACUACCGCCAGACACUCAAGAAGGACUUUGAGCAGCUGCGCAAGCUGUUGACACUGGAUCAACGUCUGCUGCAGGAGGAUUAUAAACUUUUAACAAACUACUUGAGCACCUUGAGUAGCAGAACCCAAAAGUACACGGAUGAACUGCCUCAUUGGCGCAGCAAGUUGGAAGCUGCCUGCAUGGAUCUCAAGACACUGAAGCUGGAGGUGAAGGAGUCGAAAUACCACCAAAUCCUGAACUUGUACUUGGGCAACAAGGAUCUGGAGGUGCAGUUGUCAAAGCAACAGAUUAACUGCAAUCAUUUGACGGCCAUCAACAAUGAGCUGGUGGAGAACUCGGGAAUCCUGAUGAAAUCGUUUACCACUGGCUGCAAUGUGCUGCACCAACUGUACGAUCGCCUGGAAGAGACGCAGAAACUGACACCGGACAUACAAACUGUUUACGAACGACUCGAGCGAAAGAUGCGAUUCACGGAAUCGGAGACAGCAGCUUCAGUACAGGACACGGAACUGGAUGAACUGCUUGCCGAGCAGCAGGUGCAGCCAGAACCAUCAACGGUGACCAGCAGCGCCAGAAAGCGAACUCGGGAUCGUCGACACACACAUACACUAAGCGAUAGUGAAUUUGUUCUUCACCUGGGCAUCGAUAGCUGUGAGGACAGUGACUCGGAUACGGACGCCACAGACGACACUCCGCAUCAUGUGUUCAAGAAGCCAUGCAAUCUGAAUGUUACCCAAGUGAUACCCAAUCCCACGAGUCAGCACAAGGCGCUGACAGCGACUGUUACCAAGUCACGACCCAUUAGCCAUCGAAUGGUAUCGGACAUGAUCUCGGAUCAGAGUGUUUGCGGCUCUGCAGACAAGGAGAAACUCAAGCAAGCUCUUUUCAAAUCCAGCAAGUUUAGCACACAGGAACUUAAACGCACCUGCGCAGCUGCGAUACAGAAGGAGAAUCUGAAAACCUUCUCAAAUGGCUGUGUGAGAAAAAGUCCACGUGCUAUUAUCGCCAAAACUCUCGCCGGCACCACAGCGACGAUUCGGAAACCCAUAUCCCGUCUAGUAGGAACCAUCAAUACUGGUGGCAAGGAGACGCCAGUGGUUAAGAUAAAUCGAGCCGCCUCGUUUCGCAUUAAAAAAUAAUUUUACGUAUUACAAUUGAUUUAUUUUUAUUUUAAAGAGUUCUAUUCUAAUUAUUCGAUUUGAAUUUGUCGGUUUUAGUUGUGUGAAAGCAUAUAAUUUACCCAAAUAUAUAUAUAUUCUGUAAGUUU